AGUUAAUAGCUUCAAAAGGAGCAGCUCAAAAACACCCUGAGCAAUUUGCCUUGUGUUGCCACAACUGCUGACGCUUGGACAUUCAGAAAGAGGUCUUACUUGGGCAUGACAGUCCACUGGAUUGACCCCGAGUCCUUGAAAAGACAGCAGAGGGUGUUGGCCUGUCAACGUUUGCUGGGCACACACACAUACGACCACUUAGCCAAGGCCAUCCACGACAUUCAUUUGACCUUUGGCAUUGCCAACAACGUCGUCAGCACCACCACAGACAACAGCACCAAUUUCGUCAAGGCAUUCAAUGUCUUUGGCGAGCCCGAUGAAGACUGGGUACGGGUAGAGGACCCCCCGAGGUGGAGCCUGACGACAAAGGCGAAGCUGACGACCCAGACGACCAUGUCGAGGUGGAUGAUGUGGCAGCUAUUCUGGCCAAUGGAGAGGAGGAGACUUUCAAUGAGCUGCCCAAGCACUCGAGGUGCGCCGCCCACUCCCUGAACCUUGUGGCCACCACUGACGCCGAGAAGGCCUUCUCCGACAACUACAAGAAGGCCAACCGUUCCACCUUUGGCAAGGCUGUCUCUCUUUGGAACAAGCAGCAUAAGAGUUCCCAAGCCACAGACAUCAUGAGUCAGGAGGUUGGGAAGCUGCUUCUCGUGCCCAACGCCACCAGGUGGAACUCGAUGUACGACGCGGUCGUCAGGCUGGUCGACAUGUUUGACAACAAGAAGACGGGCCUUCAGAAUAUAUGUCGAAAAAUGGAAAUCCGUUUCUUUACAACAUAUGACAUUGCAUUCUUGAGGGAGUACAAAGAUGUCAUGGGUCCCAUUGCUGUCGGUUUGAAUGUCCUGCAAGGGGAGGAAAAGGCCUACAUGGGCCGCCUGUUGCCCAUGUUGGCCAGUGCCCUCAACAGUCUCGCGGCAAAGGGGAUGGACAAUUACCUUGAGUACUGCAAGCCCCUAGUUCACAGUCCUAUCCAGGGCUUGAAGAAAAGGUUUGGCCACCUCUUCCACGACAUGGACUGCAUCCUCGCCAGCGCGACCGACCCCAACUACAAGCUGUCAUUCUGGCUCGACUGGUUUCCCGACAUUAAUGCAGAGGGAGUCAGGAAAAAGGCCACCAACCAGCUGUCCAGGUUGGUGGAGAAGUCCGUGCACGAGGCUGAGAGCAGCAGCAGCAGUGAGGGAGACAACAAAGACCAUGACAUGGAGUACGAAUUGUUCCAGGCCCUGUACGAGACCCCCCGCAGGAAUGAAAAUGACAGUGACCUUUUCAAGUGUUUCCUGGGGGAGAAACCUUCGAAAAAAACUUUCGACAAGGACACCUUCCCCAACAAGGCCAUGAGGGAGUUAUUCAUCAAAUACAACACCCCCAUCCCCUCUAGUGCUGCCGUGGAGCGCAUGUUCUCCAUGGGCAAGGACGUCUUGAGGCCCAAGCGCUGCAGAAUGAGCGACAAGCAUUUUGAGAUGCUAGUAUUCUUGCGGGGGGAGCAAAUGAAUAAUUAA